AUGAUGGAAGAAAAUGAUGAUGAUGAUGAAAAGAUCAAAGAAGAAAUAGAAGCCGAGUUGAAUAAAAUAAGCAUAUCUUCUUUGGAAAAUGAUGUUGAUAGUGAUUCAAAAUCAGAAACCCAGAGUGAAGAUAGUGAUACAGAUAUAGAUGAGUUACCAGAAUCAGUUCUUCACUGUAUUAACAUCAUAAAGAAUAAGAGUAAAACUGCUGAAGAGCUCAUUCUUCAGGACAUGGAAGAUACUGAUGUUUGCUGUAGUUAUGGUGCAGUGUCUAAUGAUCAUAUGCAUUUAAGGAUAGAAUUAUCAACAGAAUCUAAAGAAAACUCAGAACCAUUAAUGAAGAUAUUAUCUGAAAUAGAAAAAGAAGAAUUUCUAAGAAGUAAGACCCGUUGUGGCAGUCCUGAUUCUGUUCCAGAGCUUGGUCCUCAUGACUUCCUUGUGAAUGAACAGACUUUGCCAGAUGACACUGAUAUAAAUUUUGGAUACUGUGAAGUGGAAGAAAGAUGCAGACAGUCUUUUGAGGCUUGGCAAGACAAACAGAAAGAACUAGAAGACCAAGAGAAAGAAACUCUUAAAGCUCAGAGAGAUAAAGAAAAAAAGGAAUUUCAAGAAGAAGAGGAAAAGAGAUAUUGGUGGAUGAAACGAUUUGAAGUUGAAAAGCAGAAGUUAGAUAUUAUUCAGAAGCAAGAAGAGGACAAGAUGAAUGAUGAACUCCAUAAAGAAGAGAAAAUGUGGAAAGAGAAAAUUAAACAGCAUGAGGAGUUUAUUAGAAACCUGCAUUUGCAAAUGGAAGAAGAAAGAAUAAAAUUUAAAGACCUACAGGAAAAAGAAAAAAUGCGUUUGUUAAAAUUACAGCAUAAUGCAGCUGUAAAAAUUCAAGCUAAAUAUAAAGCAUUUGUCGUCUACCAAAAAUAUGGCCCAAUCAUAAGAGAACAAAUAGAAAGUAAGAAAAGGAAAGCACAAGAGUGGAAAGAAAAGGAAGCAAAAAUACGACAAAUGGAUGAAGAAAAACGAAGAAGAUUAGAGGCAGAAAAAAGGAUAGAAGAAGAGGUAAAGAAGCAGAAGCAAGAGGAAAAGAAAAGGAGAGAAAAAGACUAUGAAGAAAAAAAGAAAAUUCUGAAACAAGAAAAAGAACAACUACUAAACAAGGAGAAAUUAAGAUUAAAAGAAGAAGCAAGUAAACAGCUAAUAGUAAGUAGUGCAUUUAAGCAAGGAGAGUAUAAUACCAUACAUUACACUGCUGAAGAUGUAUCAAAGCAUAAGGAUAAUGUAGCCAGAAAACUAAAGUAUGAAAAAUCAAAGAAGCUGGAAUAUGCUCCCCCUUGUCUGCUUGAAGAGUCAAAGAAAGAAAAUGUAGGUAGAGAGCUUGUACUGAAAGAUUCACUGCAAGUAAACUUAAAAGACUCUAUAUCAAACCAGACAUUGCGGGCAGAAUUUAAAAUGGAAGAAAAAGUCGAAAACCUAACAAAACAGUACUGUUCAGAAAAUUCAGUCAAGCAGGACCAAAAAUGCGAAAAUAUGGACCAAAAAAUUGAAUUGGAAUAUCCAGAUCUCAAAGAAAAUGUGCCAGGACAGUCUCAGCUACUAGAUUUAAAAUCUCAAAUACAAAAGGGAGACUUCAUGAAAACUGAAAAUAUGCAACAAGAAAACCAAGUAAUACUAGUAGAUAAUCAGGAAAAUAAUGAAGUGAAAAGCAGUGACGCACAAAAAAUAAUUCAAGGUAAUCAGCAGAGUAAGUUACAAAACAUAGAUACAGAAGAACUUUCAGAACAGAAUGAAACAUUAAAUGAAGGAGCUAUUUCAGUGAUUCCAAUGAAACAAAAACUUUUGCAGCUAAAAUUAGAAAAUGUUGAGCAGAUAGAGAAAAAUGUAAUGAAAACAAAAGAAGAAAUCAAUUUAAAAUCCAAAGAAACCAAGGAAAACAUGAGUAGUGAUGUGAGUUUUAACACCAGGAAUGCUAUGAUAAAUUUAGAAGGCAAAGUAAACAAGAGAGAUUGUAUUUUAGAUAGAAAUGCUCCUUGCGAAGAUUUUGGUAACUGUAAUGCAAAGAGUUUUAUAGAUUUUACAGACAAAAACUCUCUUAUGUCUCAGAGUAAAAGAAAUCCUGAAGAAUGUCUUGAAAAUGGACCUGAAUGUAAAAGCGGUGUGGCCCAUUCCAUCUCAGAGCUAACACUUAUACCUUCUAUUGAAGAAAAGAGACAAGCUUGGAUGAAAUCAUUUAAACCUUGGUUUGAAAUUUCCAAGCAAAAUCAACAAAAGAAAUUUGUUAAAAAAAAGAGACCAAUAAAAUGCCCAGCCAACUUGAUGCCUCCUUUGAAUGCACAAGAAAUUCUUCAGUGUGGCCCUUGGAAUACAUUACAGCAGGUUACAGCAGUUACAUUUCAAGAUUUGCCAGGUUGUAAUCUUUCCACACUGGCCGAGUGUACAAAUCUUCAGUUUCUGUCUCUUCAACGCUGUGGAUUAACUCAUUUACACAGCCUGAAUAACUGUAAAAAACUGAAGUAUAUUGAUGCACAGGAAAACCAUAUUGAGAGUAUCAACUGUGAAAAUUUGGAAAAUCUUUGUGUUAUUCUUCUUAAUAAAAAUCAACUGACUUCUCUUCAUGGUUUGGAUGGCUGCACUAAUAUUCAAAACCUUGAACUUUCACAUAAUAAAAUCACUCGAAUUGGAACUUGCUGGCAUAUCCCUGGAGACACACUGAGACUUGAGUUAUGGAGCAAGACUUUGCUGCUCACCAUGCAGCCCUCUUGCUCUUUAUUAGCAGUAAUAAACAGGUGUGAUUGUUUAUGUGGCCAUGAGCGGGAGGCGCAGGGUCUAAGGGAGACAAAGGGUAAUCAGCUUUAUGUGGAACUGAAGGGGACUUACUGGCCACAUAUACAGCAAGAACUUCCUGUGCAGUCUAAAGCAUUUUCAAAAUAUUUUCUCCUGUCUCAUGUUUUCUUCAGAAUGAACUGUGGUUUAGAAUCUUUGAAAAAUCUCCAGCAACUAAUUGUGGACCACAAUCAAUUAAUUAGUACAAAAGGUCUUUGUGAUACUCCUACCAUUAUAUACCUGGAUUGCUCGCAUAAUCAUCUUACUGAAGUAGAAGGUAUUGAAAACUGUGGAUUGCUCCAAAUACUGAAGUUACAAGGAAAUUAUCUAAGUGAGCUUCCAUCCUUAAAGAAUCAUGUUCUAUUAAGAGAAUUACAUUUGGAUGAUAACAGCAUUUCGACUGUGGAAGCAUUUUCUUCAUAUUGGCUGCCUUUGCUACAAACCCUCACUAUCUCUCAAAACAGUUUGACAAAAAUCGUACCACUUUUUCAUUUUAUUUCUUUGGGAAAACUAGAUGUCAGCAACAAUUGUCUUUCUGAUCUUACAAGUGUUAUCAGGUGGUUUGAUGCAUGUUAUUCUCUCCAUGAAUUAUCUCUUACUGGAAACCCAGUUCUUCAAGAAAUAAACUGGAGGCAUUCUCUACUUAAAGUGUUACCUGCUCUAAGAAUUCUCAAUGGUGAAAUGCUAACCUCUUAUUCAGAAAGGUACAUUGAUGAGGACUGUCACUUAAAAUUAGGACGUUUCCUGAGACUUUGUCAGUCCCAGAUUAGAAAAAUCAACUUACUAAAUGAGAAUUACAUUACUGGAAAAGGAAAACUAUUCACCUUGGAUGCUGCAGAAAAUCUCUGCCUUUACUUUCAGAAAUUGAUGACACUGAGUAAUGAAUACCGUCAUGUACACGAACGUGGAGAUGUCAGUAUCACCAAGAGAGAUGAAUCAGAAGCCCAACAAAGUCAUUUGAUUCUUGCAAGUAGUGAUAGCUUACUGCAAAAUAGAGCCUUUGACUCUUGUGCACAUAACCCAGACUCAGCAGAUAUUUCUGAGAAAUGGAUGGAUUCUGGAUCUAAUCAUUCCUUAACCAAUUCCACUUUAUGUGAAGAUACGGAAGGAAGAAAUCAAGAAAAAAUAGGUCAGAAAACAGAAGACAGCAAGCUAAAUAUUCCUCCCAAAAGAAUUCCAUUCAUGGAAACAGUAUUGACAAGGUCUCUACAGAGAGAUCAUCAACAUAUUGAACAUCAUGAAAAAAUUAUGGCAGCAAUAGUAAUCCAGGCAUACUGGCGUGGGUACAUUAAGCGCGGCCGAACUCAUCUCUCUACACAACUACAUACUCCUGCAACAGAAUUGGCUUCCGAGCCGAACUCCUGCAUCAAGAAUCAAAAUACUUUAAAGAACAAAAAGCCAGAAAAUACCGUGACUAUCCAAGAACAAAAGGAAAAGGCUGCUAUUCUUAUUCAGGCAGUUUGGAAGGGCUUUCUUUUGCGAAAGAAACUGACAACUGCUUUAGAGGCCAUUAGGAAUGAGGAAUCUGAAGAAGAAUAUGAAGAAAUAGAUUUAGAAGAUUUUACAUUUAAUGAAGCUGCCUUAGAGAAAGAAUGGUUAGCUUUAGAUUCCGCCCGCUUCCCUUCACAAACACUGCCUCUCCCAAACCAGCUGCACUGGCCAAAGUUCUCUGGAACAUUAAGAUGUGAUACUUCACUUAAUCUACCAAGUGUUCCAGCUCAAGCAUGGUUAUGUAAUGAGAAAGAAAAUAUGUUUUCAUCAGAACACCCACAUUUUUAUAACAGAUCAGAAAAUGGAACUUUAUCCUUGAUACCUGAAUCAAAGACCAGUAGAAGGAGCUUGUUAAAAUCUGAGAAAGAAGAAAAAAUUUCAGAAGAAUGGGGUUUUAAGGAUAUUUCCACUGCUCAGCAAAUGCUGAAGAGAGCACAGAAAAUGAAAUCAAAGAAAUUAAGGAAAAAAUUAGAUGCCUCUGUGCGCUUAGAAUUAUUCAAAAACAAUGAAGAUAAAGUGUCCUUUACAAAAUCACCAAAGAAGACACAGCCCAGAAGAGAUGGUUAUCUUGAAGGCAAAGCAGAAGAGUUUAUCCAUAAGUAUUCUACUGAAAAUGAAAAAUUAGAAAGGAGUAAAGAAUAUACAUACCAAUGGCUUCACACACAGGUUGGGGUUCAUGAAACAACUGGUUCCAGAAAUAUGAAAUGUAAUCACUUCUUGCCUGAGUUAGAUCCAGAUGUACUCAAUGGUGGGAGAGUUCAGCUUGUGGCAAGACUUGUAAGCAGAGAAGACACGGAUUUAGACCUUUUUUCCAUGACCAGUGGAAGUGCUUUGUCUGUGAAGAGAGAGAAAAAAAGUCAGGCACACAGACACUCAGCGGGAUCUUCAAGUAAGUUGUGGUUUCCUUCAGAAUUAAUUUAG